AUCAAACAUUUUUGAAGUUUCUAGUCUAUAGUGAUCUGUGUUUGAAGUUUGAGUAAAACCGCGAAAAGUUGACUUUAAUUUUAAACUUCGUGGACAAAAUAUGUUGUAUAAUGAAUUCUACUUUUAAGAUAUAUAAUGCAACUGAAGUUUGGCAGAUUGAAACAAGUUUACCUUCAAUACCUAGCUUUAGCCAAAGCCUCGACAAAGUACUUGGUAAUGAUGGAGUACAAUUAGGAUCAAUUGUAGAGUUGUUAGGCUUGCCUGGCACAGGAAAAACACAACUCUGUUUACAGCUCUGCACCUCUAUUCAAAUACCAAAAGUAUUGGGAGGUUUAUACUCUGAAGCUCUCUAUGUAGACACAAAUACUAACUUUACAAUUAGUAGAUUUAAGGAAAUUCUGUUCUCAAGCUUAUCAAAAUGUCAGCAAUUGAUGGAGGCUUCAAUAUUGAUCAACGAAGAGGAUGCUUUAAGGAAAUUGCAUUAUGUCAAUGCAAUUGGACUUGAAAAAUUCUGUGCAUUUAUGCAUCAAUUACCCAAUUUAAUAAAUACUAGACCAAAUAUUAAACUUAUAGUUAUUGAUUCAAUAGCUUUCCCAUUUAAAGACGGUAUCACACUGAAACAAAGAACUGGUUUGCUGUACAGACUGAUGGCUGAUUUGAAUAAAUUAGCUGUAGAAAAACAAAUUGCUAUAGUGAUAACUAAUGAAAUGACUACAAGAAUAGGUCUGUCGUCUGGAGCUAUAGUUGGCGCACUCGGCGAUGCUUGGUCACAUCGUUGUAACAAACGUUUAUUGCUAUCGGCGCCUGAUCCUCUGGCCAAUGUUAGAUUGGCUGUGCUGCUUAAAAGUAAUAAUUCUCCAGAAACUGUUGGCAAAUUUCAGAUAACACAGGAAGGUAUUCGGGAUAUUGAUUGAAAAGCGAUUGGAACAUACAUAGUUUUAUUAUUAAUGUAUUUAAAUACAUAUAAUACAUCGUAAACAAAACUACAGCACCAAUAAAUAUCUCAUUUUCACAAAAAUAUCAAGCUUUUAUUUCUAUAACAUUUCAACAGUAUAUAAUAAAGGCAGUUUCAUAUCGGAACUUAGCUUUGCAAGUGCAAUACAAAUAUUCGUACAAUUUGAAGUCUUAUUAUGCAUUUUCUUAUGAAACAAUAGUGAGUAACACCCGUUUGUAGUCGCCCUUCGUAUCAUCCUGCAAAAUAUUACAUUCACAUCUGUUAUAGUACUAAUUUUGUAUACAUGCACAAAACAUUUAAAAAGUUAAAACAAGUUACACGCAAACAAUACAAUUAUUUUGCAGGAUUUAAGCACUAAGUGUGACUAGCACAUUCUUGAAGUCACCAUCAAGGUCGUCCUGCAAAGAUACCGAAAAAUCGAACACUGUAGCGUUUGCAAAAGUAACAAAAAAUUAAAAAAAAAAAGAAACUGGCCCAUAAUUUCUAUUGAUACAUCACACAACGUGCAAUCGAGAUUAUAGCAUGAGAUUACAAAUCAA